AGUGUUGCACAAGCUUACAAAGCAGCAUUUUCUCGAUAUUCUCAUUGACUUGAAAGCGACGAAAUGUUGUCGGUUCUCAUCAUAUUAUUUAAUAUCAUUAGUCACUCCAUUGCUCUCAUUGAAUAUACUAACAGAAUCAUGGACGAAUCGUUGACCGUUUUUUACAAUCCUAUUUUUUCUCUUGAAAUUUUAAAAUCAGAUAAUAAUAGUGCAGUGUAUUUAAAAAUUGCCAAACAAAUUCUGAAGGCUGACAAAUUACGCUUUAAUAUCAUGGUGAAAAGAUUUGAUGGCGUAAUAAUUCUUGUUCCGAACGAUCUUGUACUAUUGUGUGACCUGUUAGAGGAAGAAAUUACAAAUCAAAAUAGCAUCUUGUUUAAAUUACGAUUUUCACGCGUUUUCAAUAUGGAAGGAAUGCAUUGUCCUAUACCUGCUGGAAAAAAGAAGCUCAUGCCAUAUAUGCUUCCGUCGUAUAUCGUACUGGAUAACGAUAUUGGCUGCGGAGAAUUUAAUUUCAAAAUUACUAUAAAAUCAUGCAACGAAGAAAAGUUGCAAAGCUGCGCACCAAUGAUCUCUGCGAAAACAAUCAUAAAUCUACAAGCGGAACAUUGCUCCAACAUCUUAACAUAAAUAUUAUUAAAAAAUUAGUUUCCUUUAUAGUAAAUAAAUAAAACAAAUACAAUGUUGUCAUAUAAUGUGAUUAUAAUGUAAUAUUGUUCAAUAUCUUAAAAGUAAUGACUUUUUCUCGCAUGGCGUAUUGUUAAUUAUCGUUUAAUAGCUUAACAGAAUCAGAAAAUGGCUGAUCGUAUAGACUUGUGUAGACUUCGCAAGGAUUUAUAACUUGAUUACAUAAACUCAUGAUAGACAAUAUCAUGCCGUUUAUCGAAUUUUUUGUUCCUUUUGAGAUCUCAAAGAUAGAUAACAAGGUGCCAAGUUUCAUAAGCACAUCCUUGCUUAUCGAAUGCCUGCAUCAUUGACACAAUGCGUGUUAGUGUAUAUAUAAGAGUACAUGUACAAGGGAGUGCGAAUAACUCGCGAGAAACCGUCUAAACGUCUUAUCAACCUUCAUCGGAUAAUAUCGAUGUCUGAACCUGAACGUAAUGUUUAUGAGUAAUGGUUUGAGAUCGGGCAGUAAGGUCGACUCCGAUGAACCGUACACGGAAUUUGAGAUUUAGAUACAGAUAUCGAACUUGUACGCUGGACAACCUGCAUUGUCUUAUUACGUAUUAUAAUCCUAGCCCAUUUAAAUUUGUCUGUCGUUGUUCGGUCAGAUAUCAACUUUUCAACUGUCACAUUACGCAAAUUCUAUUUUUAUACGUCAAGGGAUAUCUCAAGGGAUAUCUCAACUCUAAGUUAUGUAUAUUUCUUUUUUUUUUUUAUUUAACAAAUGCAUAUUCAUUCAUAAAGUCUCUCUUAUUAAAUGUAUAAUAAAUAUUUUCGCCUUACGUGAAGUAUUCUAUACUUAUAUUAUUGAAUGCAAUACUAUGUGUAUUAUUUUCAUAACAUAAUUAUUAAAUUUCAUAAUUUAUAAAGAUGUUAAUAGCUAUAGAAAAUAUAUCAUGAUCGUGAUGCAUAUAGAAAAAAUGUAGAGAUAAUUUGUACCGGAUGAAUGCGUAGAUAAAUAUAAUAUUCUCUAAUGAAAACAUUACAUUAUAAGCUCAUAUGUCAUAUAAUUAUCAAGAUUAAAUACAUAACGGUUCACGCAUCUGAUAAUUAAUAACAUUGCAAGCACUAAUUGUGUACGCAUAACUGUAAAAUUGAUUAUGUGAACGUUAGCAUUGAUAAAAGUACGAUGACUUCUUUUUACAACACAAAUGUGUAUGACAAUACAGGAUAUUAUCGUGAUAAUAUGACACACGGAACAAUAAAUAAAAUUAAAGAAAGAAGAAACGGAAAGGGAAAAUUGUAUAU